AUGUCGUUGAAAGUACCAAAAGCUGGUGGACCGGACCUUUUCAAGGCCGGAUACAAGCACAUGUCCGGACUGGAAGAGGCUGUCUUAAGGAAUAUUGCAGCUGUAGGGGAGUUGAGUGAAAUCGUUAGAACUUCUUUCGGUCCAAAUGGACGAAACAAGCUUAUCAUCAAUCAUCUUGGACGACUUUUCGUAACUUCAGAUGCUGCCACCAUUAUUCGAGAGAUCGAAGUCGCUCAUCCCGCUGCUAAGUUGUUGGUAAUGGCAAGUACAGCUCAAGAAGCAGAGAUGGGAGAUGCUACCAAUCUUGUUUUGAUCUUCGCCGGAGAACUGUUGAAAAGAUCCGAACAUCUCUUAACGAUGGGUUUGCAUCCUUCAGAUGUCAUUCAAGGAUAUGAAAUGGCCUUAGCAAAAGGACGAGAGGAACUGGAAACCCUUAUCUCAUCAACGAUUCCCGCUUCUCCUCUCCCAACAGCCGAACAACUCGCCACUGCCGUAGCCACUUCUCUCGCCUCAAAACAACCAGGUUGUGAGGAGUUCCUAUCACAACUGGUAGCAGAAGCUUCUUUAGCAGUCAUGCCUAAAAACCCUAAAGAUUUCAACGUGGAUUCUGUGCGAGUAGUCAAAGUUAUGGGAGGAAGUCUUGAAGCUAGUAGAGUUGUAAGGGGUAUGGUAUUCGGUCGAGAACCUGAAGGUGUGGUAAAGAACGCAACCAAAGCAAAAGUCGCCGUGUACACCUGUGGUCUUGAUAUCUCACAAACCGAGACGAAAGGAACAGUUUUACUCAAGAAAGCAGAUGAUCUACUCAGUUUCUCAAGAGGAGAAGAGAAACAACUUGAAGGAUAUUUCAAAGAAAUCGCUGAUUCAGGUGUCAAACUUAUCAUUGCUGGUUCCGGUAUCGGUGAUCUCGCAUUACACUACCUCAACCGAAUGAACAUUGCCGUCAUCAAAGUGUUAUCCAAGUUCGAUUUGAGAAGAUUAUGUCGAGUCGUCGGGGCUACACCGCUUGCAAGAUUAGGUGCACCUACACCCGAGGAAGCAGGUUUAGUUGACGUACUCGAAACUGUCGAGAUUGGUGGAGAUCGAGUGACUGUACUUCGACAAGAAGAGGGAGAAAAAACUCGAACUGCUACUAUCGUAUUAAGAGGAGCCACGGCAAACUACCUUGAUGAUCUUGAGCGAUCGUUAGAUGAUGGUAUCAAUACUGUCAGAAUCUUAUUGAGAGAUGGAAGACAAGUCCCAGGAGGUGGAGCAUCAGAAAUUGAAGUCGCAAGAAGAGUAGCUGAAUACGGAGGUAAAACAGCUGGAUUAGCUCAACAUUCAAUCAAGAGAUUCGCAGAAGCAUUAGAAGUCGUACCCAGAACAUUAGCUGAAAACGCCGGGUUGAACGCAGAAGAUGUUGUCAGUGCUUUGUAUAAAGCUCAUGCUGAAAAUCAAGUAGAUGCAGGUGUGGAUAUCGAAUCUGAGACAGACGGUGUGAUGUCUUCAACAAGCAAAAAGGUAUUAGAUCCUUUCGCGGCAAAAGAUUGGGCGAUUAAAUUAGCUACAGAUGCUGCUAUUUCAGUGCUUAGAGUAGAUAGUAUCAUCGUUGCUAAACAAGCUGGUUUGGCUCCUCCAAAACAACAAGGUCAUUGGGACGAUGAUUAG